GCAAAAUCACAUUUGGAAAUAAGUAGUCGAUGGGGAGAUAUAGUUAGAUGUUUUGGUUUAACUUAUGAGUCAUCGAAAGGUUACAUGCUUGUAAUGAUUAGGAUGGAUAUAGAUUUAAGAAAAUAUUUACAACAAAGGCAUAAUCAAAUUGAAUGGAAAGAAAGAAUUCAAAUUACGUUUAAUAUCGUUAAAGCACUUUUCCGAAUUCAUCAUGAAGAUGCUAUUCAUAGAGAUUUACAUUCUGGGAAUAUAUUACAUUCUCCGAGAACUUAUGGAUGGUAUAUUAGUGAUCUUGGAUUUUAUGGCCCUGCAGACAAGCCUUUAAAUAGCAUUUAUGGAAACCUUCCUUACAUAGCACCAGAAGUUCUUUCUGGAAAAGAAUAUACUAAAGCAUCGGAUAUUUUUAGUAUUCCUUUAAAAUAUAAAACAUUAAUGGAAGAAUGUUGGGAUGCUGAUCCAUUAAAAAGGCCCGAUAUUUUAAAUCUUUAUAAAGUAAUUACUGAAAUAAGAAAAACAUAUCUUCAAGAUCCACCGAAUGAGUCAAGUAGUAUAUUUAAAAAAGUUACCAAGUUUUUUCAAAGAGAAAAAAAAGAUAGCUUCUUUGAAAAAAGAUCUAACAGCGGCAGUGUUAUUAGCAAUAAUGAACUUUAUACAACAAAUCUGUUUACAAGUAAAAUUUAUCGAACAAAUUUAAUAGAUCAAAAUGUUAUAGAAGGAGAUCAAGAAGGAAAUCACAGCAAACCUCAUAAUUUUAAUAUUCCAGCUGAUAUAAAUGAUAUUGUAGAUGCUCAAGCAACAAGUCUAAAG